AUGGAUUCUCUUGGUGGUAAUAUUUUACCCCCUGACCCCCCUCUUAAAAUCUAUCUUGCCGGAAUAGCUCUUGUCCUACUAGUAGGCAUAUGCUUCUCCACCACACUCGCAAAGAAUGCCAAGGGCGAGGAGAACCCCAGUCUCCUGCAGUCCGCAUGGCUCUUCUUUUACUCGUGUUUCCUCAAACCGCACGACGGCGACAGCAACGGCAACCAGCAGGAUGCCCUCGAGAGCUUCUACAAGAGGCAGGCUGGCGCGUACGAUGCGACGAGGAAAGCCCUUCUCAAGGGCCGCGAGGACAUGCUCGCGCUAGCCGCCGCACAGCUCGUCCAUAGGGCGAAGAGCCGUGACCCCGCCUCGGAGAAGAAGAGGCGUGUCUGGGUCGAUGUUGGUGGCGGGACGGGCUGGAACGUCGGGUCCAUGGCCGCGUUCGUUAACGUGGCCGAGUUCUUCGACAGCGUCUAUCUCGUCGACUUCUCCCCCUCCCUCUGUGAGGUCGCCCGCAAGCGCUUCGAGAGGCUCGGGUGGGAGAACGUCAAGGUCAUCUGCCAGGACGCGAGGAAAUUCCGUCUUGAGGACCAUGAACCGUCCUCCCCGGGCAAACGUCCUUCGCAGUCGCCGGAUCCGGGCUACUUCUCUCACGAAGGGCCCCGCGACGGCGGCGCCGACUUGGUUACCAUGUCUUACAGCUUGUCUAUGAUCCCCGACUACUACUCUGUAGUGGACUCGUUGGUUGCCCUGCUAGCCCCGAACGGCAUCAUUAGCGUUGUCGACUUCUACGUCCAGUCCAAGGUUGAUGUCAGCUUCCGGAACUACACCGGCGGCCUCGUCAACCGCCACGUCAACUUUUUUGGGAGGACCUUCUGGCGUGCCUGGUUCGACAUUGACCGAGUUGCUCUAGAGCCCGGCCGCCGCGACUACCUCGAGUACCGCUUCGGCACCGUCUUGAACAUCAACACUCGGAACUACGUCCUCGGCGCGAUUCCCUACUACAUCUGGCUCGGGUCUCACAAGCGACCGUCUUCGUCUAGCCUCCCGCACGAAAUCGUUGAGAAGGUCGACGCGCUGGUCACCGAGUCCCCGUACUUGCAUCCCGCCAACCACACGGCGGCUCUGUCCCGCGCGGUUGAGAGGGCCGCACCAGAGAUCCGGUCCAAGGCUUUCGAUGCCGCCAUUGUGAAUCUUUCUGCGAACUUGCCCCUCCCUUCGUUCUUCUACCAGAACCAUCACUACCGGAUCUACUAUGACGACCAGCUCAAGAAGCACACGCAGUUCAACGACGAGUACAUCUACGCGUUCACUUGGGAAGACACUCGCGUCGACGAGCGCAUUCUGAAGCUCAAGUCCGACGACGUGGUCCUCGCCAUCACCAGCGCCGGCGACAACCUCCUCUCCUACGCGCUCCAGAAGCCGGCCAGGAUCCACGCCGUCGACCUGAACCCGACACAGAACCAUCUACUCGAGCUCAAGGUUGCCGCUUUCUCGUCUCUGCCCUACGAAGACUUCUGGAAGAUCUUCGGCGAGGGCAAGCACCCCGAGUUCCGCUCCCUGCUCAUCUCGAAGAUGUCGCCCCACCUGUCCAGCCGCGCUUUCCAGUACUGGUUGAACAACGUUCACAUCUUCACCAAGAGCAAGGGUGGCCUCUACGACACGGGCGGAUCCAAGCACGGAAUUCGCAUCUUCCGCUGGAUCUCGCGUGCUUUCGGGUGCCGGUCCGCCGUUAAGAAGCUGCUCGUCGCUAAGACGCUGAACGAACAGCGCGAGAUCUGGCACCAGAUGAUCCGGCCGGCGCUGCUCUCGCGCCUCGUGGCCAAGUUAGUCGUAAGCCAAGAGGCUUUCCUGUGGACGGCGCUCGGCGUGCCCAAGAACCAGCUCGCGGUCAUCGAGGACGACCACGCGGUCUCGGACGUGGUGAGCGGGCCGAACCCGCGGGCGAAGAACACGCGCUCGCACGCCAUCUGGGAGUACAUGGUCAACACGCUGGACCCGGUGGUGGAGACGACGCACAUCGCGGUCGACAACCCGUACUAUCUGGUCUGCCUCGACGGCAAGUUCAGCCGGCGCUGCUACCCCGACUAUCUCGCGCCGAGCGCGCACGCGCAGCUCUCGCAGCCGGGCGCGUUCGACGGCCUGCGCAUCCACACGGACGAGAUCGACGAGGUGCUGGCACGCAUCGCGCCCGGCACGCUGACGGUGGCCGUAGUCAUGGACAGCAUGGACUGGUUCGAUCCCGGGUCGACGGCGGCGGCGUCGCAGAUUGCCAAGCUCAACCGCGCCCUGCGCACCGGCGGACGCGUGAUGCUGCGCUCGGGCGGCCUCCGGCCCUGGUACCUGGACGAGUUCGAACGCCACGGGUUCGUCGCCAAGUGCAUGGGCUCCCGCUCGCCGGGGACGUGCAUCGACCGCGUCAACAUGUACGCCAGCUGCUGGAUCUGCACCAAGCGCGAGAACCUGGCCCCGCCCACCCCAGAGAUGGAGACGACGGGCAGUCCGGAGAUCUCGUCGCUGCGGAUCUGA